GCACUUCCCGUCACAAGUCGCUGCUUACGAGAUCACUGCCCUCUCAUAACUAAUCUGCCCACACCCACUUUCCCCCCCGGUUAUCGCCAAUAAUAGUCAGCAGUCAAACUGCAAUCCAGCUUAGUUAGUCAGUUAAGGCCUCCGCGUGAGCAGCCUUUCCCAAAUCUCCCCUGCCUAGCGAAAACGAGCUAUCUCCGAACUGGUGCUCGCGCUCUCGUUUCUGCUUACCUCAUCGUCCUUCCCCCGUUUAUCCUACAUCGUUUCUCUACAUCCUCGCCUCCCCCCUCGAAACCCCCAAAGAAAACGUGCGAAUAGACUGGCCGAGCUCGUCGUCCGCCCUUCUGCCCUUCGUGAAUUGGUCCUGUCGUGUCUUUUUUCCGGCGCGUCUCCGUUGUCUUUUGACCUGUUGCCUCGAUGCAGCCCACACUAGCCCCAGCGCCGCAUCCAAGUAUGCAAACGUCUGCUCAGGACCAUGCGGAUCAGGUGCUGCAUGACCAGCUCCUAGCUGCUCAUCAACAUCUGUCGCACCCACAGCAGGCACGUCCGCAAGGUCCGACCGCGCAGCCUCCGCAUAUGCAACCCAACACCACUAGUCCUCGAGACCAGAACAACAUCGACCCUGCCAUCUCCGGCGCUGCCAUGCUCAGUGGUCCUCCCCAAACUCCUCCCCAGCCAGAGCCUACGGGCCAGGAAUCCCCAAAGACUUAUGGCAAGCGACCGCUGUCGACUUCCAAGCGCGCUGCCCAGAACCGCGCCGCACAGAGAGCUUUCCGUCAACGCAAGGAGAGCUAUAUUCGCAAGCUGGAGGAGCAAGUGAAGGAGUUUGAUAAUACGAACGAGACUAUGAAGCAGCUGCAAGCCGAGAACUACCAGCUCCGUGAAUAUAUCAUCAACCUGCAAUCGCGCUUGCUGGACUCCCAGGGCGAGGUUCCCGAGCUUCCUGGCAACAUUGACCUGAACCAGCCACGGAAUGACAUCUCUGUUCCCCCGCCGGGGGCUCCGGCGGCCACCGGUCCCGCGCCAGGUCCUGGUGGUGCUCCGCAGCAAAUGCAGGUCCCCAACCCCGGUGCUGCCACGAACGAAGACAUGAACUCGCUGAAUCGUAUUGCGGUCGCUGGCCUGGGAAUGCGCAAGCACCCUAAUGAAGAAGCGAACUUCCUGGGAAACAACUUCCAGGCUCGUCGCCCGCGCAACGACGACGGGCAGCCCGAUGGGUCUGAAGCAACGAAAACGGAGCCUGGUCACGGGUUGCCCGUUGUAUCAUGAGUGAUUCAGAUGUAUCCGAACUCGAUAUUACCCUUGAUUGUUGUCGCCAUUCCUGUAUUCUGUUGAUUGCGAACGCCCGAGAUAUAUCAUCAGCUCCUUGCUUUUCUGUUUCGAUAUUCCUACCGUUGUCGUAUCUUCUGGUGUAUGGCGUGAUGUAACUAGGUAUCCAUUCUGGCCUCGGAAGGAGCGGUGUUUUGUGCUUUUCAUAUUUGAUGUCCAUCCACAGCGUCAGCCACAGGAGUCUCCCGGGAAAGAAGAGGUGUAACCAUUGUUGUUAAUGCUCCUGGUGAUUCUUUUCCCGUCUGCCGGUUGCUCGAUGCAUUGGCAGUGGGCGGAGGAGGCUUCUGGUAUUUCCUCGUUCAACACUUGCAUAUGAUGUUUGUUAGAGAGGGCCUUCCUGUGCCUCCGACGAGGACAAGGGGUCCAGGAAACAGACUGCUCGACUUGCUUAUAGUAAUCCAUCUGUGUCUGCUCCUAUGCACAUGCUGCUCUCUUUAUCGUCCUUAUGUGACAGUCAAAGACAUAACCGAAUUAUCCUCAUAUUCUGAACAUUGAGGAUGCAAUAGUAGUACUGCU